UCCUGUGUGCGAUUAUUGAUGUACAUCCUUCUAAAUCAAACUUUUCAAAACUCUCAGUUUGAUAAAAAAUACAAAAGCGAGCAAUAGCCAACAUGGUACCUGCUACGCGUAUUUCUUUUUGUUUCAUAAUUUUUGCUACUUUCAACCAGUUAUCGGACACUAGAGGAGACUCUUCAGAAGAUAAAGAUGAAUACUUUGUAGACAAUUCAACUUCACAGAAGGAGGUAAUUGUCUCCCUCGCCAUGGAAAUAAAUUCAUUAGCGAGCUCAAUCCGGCAGGAAAGGAGCCAAAGAGAGUCCACCAUCUCAAGAAUGGCUGCCUUGGAGCAUGCUCAGACGACGUUGCGGGGUGAAGCGAGAAGUAUACAAACCGCAUUGAAAAACAUGUCCCUCGUCACAUCUCAAAUCCAGGAGAAGUGUGGUUGCCAUCCGGUCCCCCGUUUAGCCUUGAAUCAUCCAACAACCUGUUCAACGUACAAACCAAGUUUCGAAUUUGUCUCAAACGCUGACCUCGCCAAGACUGAGGUUUUCAACAACACACCCGCAUUUACCGGAGACACGUUGUGCAAAGGAUUUGUCGGUGAUGAAGAACUUUUGGGGAGAGGGCAUUUAAACAACUGUUGGGGUAUUCACUCUAAGGGCGAGUAUCCUUUUCCGUUCGGGCUGGGAACGUAUCAUCUCCGCCAACCACUCGGAGUCAGGCUGGAAUAUGUCCCUGCUUCCCAAAUCCUUGACGGGGUGAAGGACUGGAUUGACGUGGAGAGGUCGCUUUUAGCCGCGAAAGCAGUAAACGUAGCAUCAAAAGGAAAUUUGAGGAGAGGAUAUGCCGGCCGCUGUAAUGCGGCGGGCUCAACUAAACCAGAGGUUGCAGUUUCAUACCCGAUCCGUGGAUACUUAAACGAGAAUGAUUAUACAUUGUUGAUGUAUUCAUAUUUUCACAAAAUUUACCAGUGUACAGAUUUCGACAUUCUCGUCUGUGCUGGGACAGUGUGAAGGGUGGGGAUUUUGAAUUACUCUCGCUUUAUCCUCUAUACAACCUCCUAGUAAAAUGGUUUUCACCUGAUCCAGGUAGCUCGCACCCACUUCACUCAUGUGACAUGAGUCAAGUGGGUGCGACAUGAAUCAUGUCGCAGCUUAUGCAUAGCCCAAGAUUGAAAUGUGUAUUCGGGACUAGAGUUAAGUAGGUGCGAGCUGCCUGGAUCAGGUGAAAACCAUUUUACUAGGAGGUUGUAUAGAGGAUAAAACGAGAGUAUAUAAUUGUGUGACAUUCUUACAGACUCUGUACUUCUUAAAGCAAUAAAUUAACUGUUCAUGACGCA